AUGGGAACAGCAGAAGAACCUGACAAGACAUUGUUUUUGGUUGGCAUUGUGAGGAUCAAGAUUGACCGUAAACAAGAUCUAUGUCUCAAUCGAAUGGCUCACUCAAUAGGAUUCUAUCUCGUUUUAUUCUUGGUUGUACUUCAAAUUGCGCUUGUUGUGGUGAGUUCGUUCAAUUUACCUCCUACUGGCAUGUGUCGCGGACAGAAUGGCGACAACUGCAUGCGAUGUGAUUGUAUGAGGCCAUACAAGUGCGUGAAAGGACAAUGUAGAUGA